AGCGCAGACUGCUGGAUAUCUGCUGGAAACCACAGCUUCAGCUCCACCACAUAGUCCUCCACCAGCAUUAUGUGAGUAAAGAGGACAAUCUUUACAACCAGCCAAGAAAAUUAAGAGUGGAGGAAUCAUAUUCUCCACAAAUUAAAGAGGAGCAGAUGGAACUAGAACUUCUGCAGAUUAAAGAAGAAAAACGGGAAGAACCACAAUCUCUACAGACAAAAGAGGAGCAAGAAAAGUUCUGCAUCCGUCAGGAUAAAGAGCAGCUUGAUCUGAAGCAGGAGACUGAAACCCUGAUGGAGAUUCCUUCUUACGAGGAAAAUGAGAACAAUGACAUUGAUCCCAAAUAAUCAGCAGAGCUUUAGUGUAACUGAUAGUCGGAAAGAAGAAGGAAACCAACAUGAAGACUCAACAUUAACUACACAUAAAGAGACAGAGCCACAGAACAGAGAUCAGAGUAAGAAAAGAGACGGAAGUCAUGUCCAAAGUGUGGCCAGCUCUCACAUGUCAGAAAGUCAGUGUGACUCUGAUGUUAGAAAAACAUCCAAGAAGGAAACUUCAGUAGCGAAGCGCAAAAAAUCUCCAAAAGAAAAGAUACUUUCCUCUGUAAAGUCUGGUGAAAGCUCAAGAUUUGUCAAGAAUCUCUUCUUCUUCACAAAAAAUGAGUCUGAUGACAGACUUUAUGUUUGUACAGAAAGUAGUAAAAGUGUUUACUUGUCUAAGUUAAAAAAUCCAACGAGGACUCACACAGAAAAGAAGCGUUUUUCCUGUAAAGAAUGUGAGAAAAGUUUUUGUCAUGUAUCUGAUCUUAAAAGACACACAAGAGCUCAUACAGGAGAGAAGCCUUUUACUUGUAAAGAAUGUGACAAAAGUUUUAAUCGAACAUAUUCUCUCAAAACACACAUGAGAACUCAUACAGGAGAGAAGCCCUUUCAUUGCAAAGAGUGUGAUAAAAGUUUUAGUCAUAUGUGUUCUCUCCAAGCACACAUGAGAACUCAUACAGGUGAAAAGCCUUUUUUGUGUAAAGAAUGUGGUAGAAGUUUUAGACUAACGGGUUCUCUCAAAGCACACAUGAGAACUCAUACAGGUGAAAAGCCUUUUUUGUGUAUAGAAUGUGGUAGAAGUUUUAGACUAAUGUCUACUCUAAACAAACACAUGAGAACUCAUACAGGUGAAAAGCCUUUUUUGUGUAAAGAAUGUGGUAGAAGUUUUAGACAAAUGGUUACUCUUAAAAUACACAUGAGAACUCAUACAGUUAGAGAAGUAUUGAAAAAACAUUAAGAAUUAAGUUUAAAAAAGUGAAUAAUAUAUAUUAAUAACUCCACACUAAUCUGCGAAAUAACUCUAACUCUACACUUGUUGUACUGAGGGGCCCUCCCGAGUCUUUAAAUGGUCUCUCAGACUCAGUAGAAUAAAAUAGAUCCAAAUCACUUUUACACAACUGUCUAUACACAACUUGUAUGGAAAUACUGCUUUUAAUUUCCAGUAAUACUUGGACCAUUCUCGCUCUACUAAAGGAAUCUAAAGCUGUUUAUCUCUAAACAUCAGUUACUGUGUUUGAUCAACUAUCAAAUUCCUCUGACCUGAACCCAAUAAAAAUAUCUAUGAACUGUGAGGAGGAAGAGGAGACAGCAGACACAACAAUGAAGAUGACCUGAAGUCAGCUAUCAAAUCAACCUGAGCUUUCAUGACAUGUACACAGAGCCACAGGCUGAUGGCCUCCAUACCACAUUGAUGCAGUCAUUCAAUGAAAAGGAGGAACAAGUGGUUAUUGAAUCCAGAGAAAAGAACAGUUUUAUAAAACCUGACGUGUGCUGAAAACAUUAUUUUGAUAUGAUAUUCUCAUUUUUAAGACAAUAUUUUUUUAGGUAAUUAUCAUCUAUAAGCCAGUAUGAUCACAUUGCUCAAAAAAAGGAUUGAUACAUUUCAUUUUGUAAUGAUUCUAUAAACAUGAGUUUCACUUGUUGAAUUAUUUGAAAAAGGGAAUUAAACUUUUUAAAGAAAUUAAUAUGUUUAUAUAUAUCUAUAAAUAAAAUGUGUUCUUUUGAA